AUGGCUUCUUCCUCCCAUCACCAACCAAACAGCAUAGUUAAACAACCCGAUAAAGCAUUAUUGCACAAUCCCCACUUUUUUAAGGUUGUUCUUGAUGAUGCUCUCAAGGAACAAAAACUUGAAAUCCCAAGAAAGUUUGUGAGAGAAUAUGGCCUACAAGCUUUGUUAAAGGAUCAAGUAUGUCUCAAAGUGAGGGAUGGCAAAGAAUGGAAUGUUGGGUUGACAAAGAGUAAUAAUGGAACAAGAGUUUGGUUUCAUUAUGGUUGGGAAAAGCUUGUAGAGUUUUAUUCUGUUAAAAGUGGCUACUUUCUUGUGUUCAAAUAUGAAAACCAAUCUUCGAGUUUAUAUGUCGUCAUCUUUGAUCGUACUGCCACGGAAAUUGAGUAUCCCGUAAAGAAAAUUAGUCUCGAUAAAUCUAAGGAAAGGGUAAAAAUGGAGACAUAUUUUGAUGAUGAUCUUGACCUAGAUUUCAAGGAUGGUGAUCUUAGCUUUGGGGUGAAGAAACCGACGAACAGCAGGUGGAAGCCGCCGUCGACGGGGAGCCAGCAAGCAAGGGCGAUGGCGAAAGCUAACAGAUUUCAAUCCAUGACUUUGAAUCCUUCUUUCAUCUGCAAGGAGCUUCCAAACAAGUUUGUCAAGAACAAUGGCGGUUCUAUGUUAUUCAACAAGUUGAAAGGAAUUUGUUGUUUUAAUGUCCUCAUUUUCGAUACCUCCGCUACCGAAAUCGAUUAUCCAAUUCGUGGUUUACUGGAUAUUAUUCCGAAAAGCAGAAACGAAGAUGAAGAGGAAUCUAUUCAGAUACUGAAUGAGAUGGUUUUGAAGAAGAGGAGAAUGGAGAAAGAGGAGGAAACACCGGCUUAUCGUUCAUUGCGAGGACUCAAGAAGAUGAUGAGGAAGAAUGCGAAAGUGAAGAUCGCUAAGAAUCGAGGAAUCACUAGCGAUGAAGAUGAAGAAGACCUGGAAACGGAUAACUCACGGAGACAGAGUAAUCACAGAGGAACAGCGUAUAAUGAGGGAGACGAUGGCCGAGUCAGUCCGGAAUCGAUGAGACCGAUGAAUCCAAGGAAGACGCCACCAGCAUUGACGGAGAAUCAAUUAGCGGUUAAGAAGAGAGCGAGCAGGUUCAAAUCGAGGAGGAAUAAUCCUUCAUUCAUGGUGACGAUGAGACCUUCCUACAUCCAAACAGGAAAUUAUCUGAGCCUACCGAGGAGAUUUGGAGAGAGGUACAUAAAGGAGUCGGUGGAUGUGAAGCUGGAGGUCGGCGACGGGAGGAGUUGGAGAGUGUGGUGUGGAGUACGAUGGGCGUUUACACGGCGGCGAACGGAGUUGAAAGGCGGUUGGAAGAGAUUCGCGGUGGAUAAUGAGUUGAAGGAAGGCGAUAUUUGUGUGUUUGAAUUGAUGGAGAAAAACGACGCCGUUUUAUUUAAAGUCGCCAUUUUCCGUCUUCCUAAUGCUUAA